AUGAGAUGACGUCAGAGGACGUCGGUGACGCCGGAAGAGCAGGUGCGUAUCAGUAUCAGUACCGGCAUCAGUAUUAUUAUUAUUUUUUAUCGGGCCCAGUAGCAGUCCCGGUCCGGGUGAGACGUGGGCUGGAGGUGUCGGAGGAUCCCCGGUAGCCUAGCAACCCUCGUCAGUGACAGUCAGUGUGAGAACACAGACACUGACUGAAACAACAUGGCAUUGAACAAAAAUAACUCAGAAUCCGGUGGCGUCAUCAUCAACAACAGCGAAAGCAUCUUGAUGACCUACGAGAAUGUGGAACUUGUCUUCAGUGAUGCAGAAAGCCUCCCAGAGCCGUUCAGGAAGAGCAAGAAGGGGACUGUCUACCUGACCCCAUACCGGGUCAUAUUCUUGGCCAAGGGACGGGACUCACUCCAGUCCUUCAUGAUGCCUUUCUACUUGAUGAAGAACUGCGAGGUGAAGCAACCUGUCCUUGGAGCCAACUACAUCAAAGGAGCCGUGAACGCAGAGCCAGGGGGUGGUUGGGAGGGAUCUGCCACCUUCAAGCUGGUCUUUACUGCUGGGGGGGCAAUAGAGUUUGGACAAUACAUGCUACAAGUUGCAGCGCAAGCAUCAAGAGGGCAACCAGUAACUGGGGCAUUUGGCUGCACUUAUAUGGCUAAUGGAGCCUAUGCUUACUCGCCGCCACCACCUGUUAAUGGGAUGUACCCUGCUGAACCACCACCAGGCUACUCCUACCCAGGACCUCCUCCACAAGGUGGGUUCUACCCUGCCCCCCCAACUUUUGACAGCCCUGCUGCCUACAUGCCCCCCCCUCCGUACAGUGGCCCACUGGCACAGGCUUCUCAUGACCCUGACCUGCCCAACACACCAGCAGCGGAGGCCAAAGCAGCAGAGGCAGCGGCUAGUGCGAGCAGUGCCCCUCCUCCCUCCCAUGUCUACCUGCCACACGACAAGCCACCACCUUACUCCCCACCAGAGGACAAGAAGACACAGUAGAGAACUGGACUGCAAGUCUAGCUUGUACCUUCCCUGCUCUCUCCAUCAACUCUAUACCUGGUUGUCAGGUGCUGUAUGUGGCCUCAUGCUCUCUACUUUCACAUCUACUCACCUUGAAUCCCUUGCAUCUCUCCCUCCUCCCCUGCUUACAGUAUAUGGGGGGCAGGAAAUGGGACGUGGGUCAGUACCAGCCUGAAGUCAUUUUCUCCAAUUUAAAGUGUAUCAUAAAUUUCAAGAAUGGGGUCUGUGCAUUUCAUUAUUGGUUCAACUUGAGAUUUUUGAGGGUAAAGAACAGCUUCCUCCAGUAUGGGACAAAGUGAACUUUUGUUUUUGGCAUUUCCUGCAAGUAUCGCCCCACUGGGGAGUAGCAGCAACGGAAGAUGAAGCAACCAUAGAAGGUAGUUUGGCAUACUUUGAAAGUACAUUUGUUCAAGCAUCAUGAGAACAUUAGUUGAACCCAUGUUGCUUACCUUCUCUGCUCCAAGUUGACUUCUGCUGGGUAGGAAGGCAUGGGAAUGGCAGAAUGUGCUUUGUAGAAUGUUAUGUGUAUAUUAUAAAUAAUGUAUUUUGACUGGGUAGGUAGAUUAUAUUCCCCUUUGUAGCUGCUCAGAUCUCAGUAGGUCAUAUCUUGCACUACUGUGGACCAGUUUAUUCGCAUAUACCUAAUCAGUCAUCAGUCUUUCAAUUCUUCAUUUCCUGCAGCUUAAACUGAGUUUGAAGGCACUUUGUAAAUGUCCUCAGUUGAGCACCUUGUUCAGUCUAUCUUGUAGCCUCUCUUCUCUCUGGCACAAAGCAGAUAGCUGUUCCUUGCAGUUAGCAAGUCUUGCACUUUUGAAAUGGCUAUGCAUUGUCCUUCCCUUUCAUGACUGUGUAUAAAUAGUAAAGGCACUCACUAAUUUAUGCAUUAUUUCAGUAGAAAAUAAACUACGCAUGGUUUUCAUUGUGUGUAGCAAAUACAGUGCACUGACUUGGAUUUUAAU